AGUCAGUCUCUCUCUUUGCAGCCUUUGGGAAGGUUAGCGUUGAAAAUAGUUCAAUCUCAAAAGUAUAUAUAUCAAAAUUGCAUGUGCAUUCUCUGGUUGACUGUAAAGCCUGUUGUUGUUGUUGAAAUGUUAAUAAUUCUUACUCCCACUAGCACCACUGCUACUGUUUGAACUUUGAAUAAUAUAAAAUUGCAAUGACAACCAGCAACCACGUUCUCAAUUGAAAGACACAUCAUUCAUUGUCUGCAGAAGGAAUAGGACGUUUUACCAGUGUUUCAACUAAUAGUUUGUGAUAAAUCAGAUUGUAAUAGGAUAUUAAUAUCCAAAAUUUACAUUACAAUCUACGCUAAUACUACUGACAAAGUGCAUUGAUAGUUCCAGUUCCAGGACGACUAACCAUAAGUUUUGUGGUACAGUUUUUGGUUGAUGAGUUGGGAGUUAUUUUCUUAAUUAUCUUUAGUGAGUGAAGGAGAGGAGUCAACUGAACUACACGAACAAGAAGCAAGCGUGUGUUUAUAUUUGCUUGUUAUCUAUUGAGGUGUUCCAUUGUGAAAGUUCCAUAAUGGGCGAAAAAUAAGAACGCAGAGCUUCCAGUCACCACAAUCUAAAUCUAAGCUACUGGAAAUCCAUUUGUUUUUGCAAACUUGGUGAAAUUAUAAAUUUGGGUUCAAUGAAAGGAGAGAUGUUUCAGAGGAAAGCCACCCCCACAAAUUUAGCCGUGAACAUUUCGGGUGGUUCUUCCGAGACGUCUGUGGUCUCGGUGAAGACGGAGCUAUUACAGCACAACAACAACCAGUCCAAUAAUAACUCUGACGGCUUUGGAGGACUUCCUCCCUCGAAGAAAGUUCGACACGACUCGUCGACGAACGACUGGGGCGACGGGGAGUCACCCCCACCCACCGCCGCAGCUGGCCAGUAUGGCAGCCAGGGCUUUUCCUUCAUCUCACCUACCGGCAGCCUGGAUGACCCAUACAGUCCAGAUCUGGGAAGGGAGGAUUUGUCCCCCGGUGGUGGGUUCAGCGCAGACAGUUGUGGCGAAGGGAAGAAAAAGAAAGGUCCUGUUCCAAGGCAGCAGGAAGAACUGUGUUUGGUGUGCGGCGACCGAGCAAGCGGCUAUCACUAUAAUGCACUGACCUGUGAGGGUUGUAAAGGUUUCUUCCGUCGGAGUAUCACGAAAAAUGCUGUGUACCAAUGCAAGUAUGGCAAUAAUUGUGAAAUUGAUAUGUACAUGAGGAGAAAAUGCCAAGAAUGCAGACUUAAAAAGUGCCUCGCAGUUGGAAUGCGUCCUGAGUGUGUCGUACCUGAAUACCAAUGUGCAGUUAAACGAGAAGCCAAGAAGGCACAAAAGGAGAAAGAUAAGCCAAAUUCCACAACACAGUCACCAACUCCAAAAGAAGUUGAAAUUAAGGAGGAGAGGGUUACCGUUGGACUGAGCGUUGUUGGUGGUACUCCAGAAAGACCUCCGCCAACAAAACUGCGUGCUACCGGUCGGUCACUAAGCGUCGAACAGGAAGAACUUAUAAAUCGAUUGGUUUAUUUCCAAGAUGAAUUCGAACAGCCCACCGACGAUGAUCUCAAACGACUUAAUGGGCUUCCCAACGAGGGAGAAGAUGCCUCCGAAGGUCGCUUCAGGCAUAUUACCGAAAUGACGAUCCUGACCGUGCAGCUAAUCGUAGAAUUCUCCAAACGCUUACCUGGCUUCGAUAAACUCGAACGGGAGGACCAAAUUACACUUUUAAAGGCUUGUUCCUCUGAAGUCAUGAUGUUACGAACUGCCAGACGAUAUGAUUAUCAAUCUGACACCAUCAUUUUUGCGAACAAUCAUCCAUAUACCCGUGACAAUUACAGCUUGGCUGGCGUCGGAGACUCUGCGGAUCCCUUAUUUAACUUUUGUCGUCAUAUGUGUGCAAUGAAGGUGGACAAUGCCGAAUAUGCUCUCCUCACUGCUAUAGUAAUUUUUUCAGAACGUCCUUGCUUGUUGGAACCAAGAAAGGUGGAAAAAAUUCAAGAGAUCUACUUGGAAGCGUUAAGAGCAUAUGUUGAGUACUUGCACCCCAUCCGACCUGGUGUUAAUUUUGCUAAACUUCUGGGAGUGCUAACGGAAUUGCGAACAUUAGGAAACAUUAACUCAGAAAUGUGCUUUUCACUGAAACUGAAAAACAGAAAACUCCCACCGUUCCUCGCGGAAAUUUGGGACAUUCAAGCGUGAUCUUCUUUACAGGCAUCUCUACAGAUGCACGUUAUUAUUGUACUGGUGCUACAAAUGUUGUUAUGUACUACUUUGUAUUUGUUUAACAGUUUAUACUUUAAUUACUAUCUGAGGGGUGUGCCUUUAUCUGAUAUGAGAGUUUGCUAUAUGUAAUAAUGAGUGCAUGUCGAUACGUAACUUAUUAUAUAAGGUAUCUAGCAUGUCGAAAUAAUAUUCAGUAUUCCAUUACCGAAAGAAUGGUAUGAUUAAAAAAAGUUUAAUUAUUUGGACACAA